CGGAUGCAUCCCGAUUAACGUUACGCGUUCGGAUUAUAGUGCGUCAUGAACAAGUGAAUAUCGAGUGAAAACAUCGCGAUCCUCGUCUCUAUCCUGGCUCUCGUGACGCAGUUUCGCGUUCAACGCAUCACGAGAGUAGAUAACUAAGACGGAGAUUCGUGAUAGCAAUCAGAAUUACGCGAAUGUAUAACCUAACCAAAAAAAAGGAGGGCGGUCGCGUAACAAAGAGGACAUUUAUGUUUGGUACUCACGAUUGGAGACAGAUGAAGUUGGAUGGAAGAGUGAAGGUGCGAGAGAGACACAUGGUGAUUGUGUGUGUGCAGUCAGGAAGGAGACGCGAGAGAGAGAAGAAAGAGAAGGAUCACGCGUGCGGUUCCUCGGUUGUUAGGUCGUCGUUACACAGGUUCUUAAAGGUCCCGUGGUCUGGCGUCUGGCUGUGUGUAGAGUGGAGUGUAGCGAGCGCGGGGUUCUCGGUGUCGCCGCUUCGGUCGGUGCGCGCGCAGAGCCUCGACCGGCGUCCGCCAGGAGUCGCUGGCGCUGUGGCCGGCCUCGGGCUGCGCGAGCGGGCCGUUCAGUCUAAUUUGAACCGUCGCGCGCGCCCGACGCGGGGCCACCGACAAUCCCUUCUCCGCCUCGACGUGACACGAGGCUCCUCGUGCAUGCCGCGUGCAACACACGCGCCGAUCCCCCGCACGAUAUUAACCGAACGCGUGCCCGCCAUCCAGCACAACCGACAGAAGCAUCGUUGCCAUCGUAGAAUCGGUGUCGAAGUUGAACCGUGUACUACGAUCGUCUCUUCGGUCGCUCCUCCUCGCGAAUCCGACGACCACGCUCGUUGCUCCGUUCACCGUCUGCCGACAAUUUUCGCUCGCAAACCAGCGUUUCGUGUUUCGCUCGUUCCCGUUCUUACGUUACUCGCGAUUCGUUGACGUGCGCGAUCGUUGUCGUCGUCGUCGACGACGUUAGUGCCGCGAUCACCGCGAAACGUCGACAAGUCUGGACGGCAACGGGGAGGAGGAGGCGGAAGAAUCGUGUGGUAAAACUGAACAGUGAAGUGCGUCGCGCAAGGGCUAGACUUCGACGGUCGACACUACCAAGCGCGAGAGCCUCGUGAGUAUAUUUAAAUAGUGUGUCUCUCUGGCUGGUCAGAGGAAGCCGACAGUUUCUUGGUCUUCUUCUUCGUCGUCGUCGUCGUCGUCGUCGUUGUCGUCGUUGUCGUCGUCGUCGUAGUCGUCGUCUUCGUCGUCGUCGUCGUCGUCGUCGUCUUCUUCUUCUUCUGCUUCGUCCUCUUCUUCUUCUUCUUCUUCUUCUUAUUCCGCUCCUUCCUACGUCGUGUGUCAUCAUCCUCGGCUUUUCCUCGUUCGGAGUGCAACGUGAUACGACGAGAGACCGAGCCACGAGAUCGGGGGUGGCGCGAAAUUCUUUAUCAAUUCUCGACAAUUUAUUUCGAGAUACGGAAACAGUGCCGCUGAUUCGCCGCCGGGAGAGUGCUCCAGAAAAAACCAAAAUCAAAUACGGUCGAACAGUAUCUCGGAUGACUUGGAUCGUAUCGAUUCGACGACGAUGAAGGAGUAGUCGAUUCAACGUGUACGCACAGGAUACAACGAUCGUCGAUUUGGAGAAUCAAGUCUCUCGAUCGAUCCGAAAAAGGUUUGAAAUCCAACGAAAAAGUCGUAGAAGUACUCUAUUAUUUUCAAUAUAGGAGUGUCGCGUAUAUAAACAAAACUAUUUACAACGCAGGCACAACAUUAAAAAGGGACGACGGCGCCUGUUACGGAUACGAGGAAUCGCGAGCAGGAUGUUAUUCUCGAUCGAUCGACAGGAUGAUCGCGAGUUUUGAACUGUACUUCUCGAUGCGGUUUAGAGGGAGUACAAUCGCAGUAGCCGGCGGUCGUGAUCGUUUGCGAUAAUCGCGAAUAGACGCAGUACGAUUUCGUACCGCGGUGUUCCUGUCGCAUCCAUCCCGAGGCAUCAAGGAUGAAGAGGACGGUACUAGGCUGGACGAAGAGCAGACAGCUGAGAAUCUGUCCGAUGGAAGUCCCGAUGUUUUGCUGCUGCCGGUGGUACAACACCUCGUGAACGAGCGAUUCUCAUUAUUCGACGACAGUCGUCUACGGAAGGAAGGAGACCUUGGUAGACGAAGGGGUCGCGAAGACAGCAGUUUCCGAGCGAAUGAGGCUUCGCUGAAGAUUGAACGCGAGCGAGAGACAGGAGGAGAGGGACGCGAUAUCGAUAGCGAAAGAGAUCUUCUCGCGAGAUUUUUAGGCGAAUUCGCGAACAAAGAAAGAGAAGAGAAAGCACCAGAGAAAAAGAGACAAAGAGAGAGGGGGGAGAGAGAGAGUGUGAGAGAGAUAGAGAGAAAGAGAGAGAGAGUGGUGUGUGCUGCGUUCGGGGUGACCGAGGUGUCGACCUCACCCCCGAUUAAACCAGCAAGCAGGUCGGAUGAUGUGGGCGUCUCUGUUUUUGGCCGGGAUCUUAAGCGGCUGGUGGGGCGCACUGGCGCUCGCUGCGGCACCCCCCGCCAAUUGGAACUCCCUCGAGGAGACGUCGACGAGGACCACCAGCGACCAUCCACCAUCGAUGAGCAUCGCCGCCGUUGAAAAGCCCCUCGAUUACCGUUUACCAACUUGGAACUUCGUUACGCGAACUAUCGAUAUACGCGAGCAUCGAACAGCCGACCAGACCCUCGCUCAACCUACGCGAGAUUACAAAUUACCGGUUGACGACGACGUUCAACCAACGUCGCAGCUUAACCAACGAUCCGAACAACUUCGGAAGGAACAGCAAGGGAGAAGAUUCGCCUUGAACUUGCAACUCGCCACCGAGAAUGAUAAACGGUUCGUUGCAUCGGAUUCGUGGACGUAUCAGGAGAUCGGUGACGAGGGUCCAUCGUCGACGAUCGAGCAAGCUUCUGGCAGCUAUCGAACUUCGGCUUUCCCGGUGGGAAACCUUCGUUCCCAGGAUGCUUCGAAGAGAUACACGACUCAGGAAGAGUUCGACGACUCGAUACGCGACGUGUUCGUAUCAUCGUCGAAGCGGGUCAACCGUCGUCUAGAUGACGAGACGGCGAACGUUUAUCCAAAGAUGGAGGAGACCGGAUUGACCCAGCUACCUCGUCACUCGUCCACGCAAACACCGAUUCUGCGUUCGUCCGGGACCGAAUCGUCGAUGGAGAGGCCGCGUGUCAUCAGAUCGACCAAGCAACGACCAAAGAACCGUACGAAAGCGGACUCGCCGAGAGAACAGCGACGAAGAUGCCGGAACAAGGGUUGUCGCGGUCAGAAUUGGUGUCCCGACGUGGACGUUGGGAACAGAGCUUAUCUAGCGCCAACGGUGUUCGAGGGAAAAGCGAGAAGCAUGUCUUCCGUGAGGAAACCAGGCUCGAACUACGCGGUGACGUUCGAGGUGAAGCAAGUAUACAAAAGCCAACCCGGUUUCCAGCCGUUGCAAAAGAACGACAGCGUCAGGCUGCACUUUCGAGACAAAUCGGCGCCCGGCAAGUCGACGGUCUGUGGCUACGACAACGAUGGGAAGCAGCAGCAGCAGCAGCAGCAGCAGCAACAACAACAACAACAACAACAACAACAACAACAACAACAACAGCAACGCGAUAAUCAGAGUGGUGUGGUGCGAGCCAAUAUUAAGAGGGGUAAAGUGUAUCUAGUGUUUGUGAAUCGCGUGGGACCCAGAAACUUCACGAUCCUCGGUGAGCCGGUGAUACGAAGCAAGAAGAACGAACAGGCGGUGCAGGCUGUCAUUCGACCGGAUUACGUGAGGGAGGUUACGUUGUCCGAGCUCAGGGACUCGAUAGCGAGGUUACGGGAGAGAGUGAAGCUCGUAUGCCGAACGAGGGGUUCUCCGCCCCCAAGGGUGCACUGGCUGAAAGACGGUAUACCGCUGCACCCUCGAAGAGGCCUCAGGAUUCAACACAAACGGCGGAGAUCGAAAGUGGUGAUAUCCUCCGCGAAACCCGAGGACAGCGGCAGAUACGAGUGCGUAGCAGAGAGUACUUCCGGUCAUCGAGCCUCACUCGCGGCCCAGCUUCUAGUCGCUCACGAUACGAGAGUUUCGGAAACCACGACAGCGGCCUGGCCGAGGCAGGAGCAGCCGUGUCCGAUAACUGGAGACUUCUGCAUGAACGGUGGUACCUGCCUGUUUUUCGAGACCGUCGGUGAACCAGCAUGCAGAUGCGCGGAAGGCUUCACGGGUCUGCGGUGCGAGACGAAGGACGUCAUCAGCACCGGAAGUGUGUACAACCGGCGUAGGGCGCCGUUUUCCUGCAAGCUGGGACUAUCGACCUCGUACUACUGCUAGCGAUAAUCGCGCGGGGCCCUUCCAUUCCGAGUAGACCCUUUUCUAACGUUGAACUCGGUGUACUCGGUAUAGUCGGUCGAAACAGCCUUUCGAGCCCACGAGAAGAAUGUCGUGAGAGGGCCAACGCGCGACCAAAAUAACAAACGUGGAGGCGAUUGUAAUAACGCGAUCGAUCUCGAGAUCGAGCGAAAUAUAUCUGCGAACGGAAACGCAGCGAAAUACACGACGAGAACAUUGAGCAGGGGAAUAGGAAAAAAAAAAAAAGAAAAUCAAACACGGGAGCGAAUCUACGUGCGGAUUUUUCGGGAACCGUUGUUGUCGGGCAUUAGAACGAGUCCUCUGUAUUGUAGGAACGGGUUCCAAAAUCAAUUUUUGGCACCGGGCAUUCGUACCUUCUUCUUUCUCUUCUUCUGUUUCUACAUCACCUCGACGAGUUUCUUCUAUUUUGCUCUAUUUCCUCCCUCGAUUCUUCCUCUUCUACUUCUACCGCCGUUACUAUUGUUACUUCUCUAUUAGAAAAUGUCGCGUUACGAGACGUGCCUCGCGUCUCUAUCGAAAUUCUAUUCGCGAGAAGAAAAGAAACGAACGGGAGAGCAUGUACGUUCUCGUACGUUUGAGUGUGCGUGUGUCUGUGUGUCCGUGUGUACGCGCGCGUGUGAAAGGAAAACGGAGAGACAGAGGUGAACGUACCAGAGGGUGUGCAAGGGAAAGAAUUAUGGCGGAUUCUCGCCUGUCCCGAACCCCUUCAGUUUCAUAUCGGGAAGGCAGAAGAGAGCGUUCGAGUGACGCUCGUGAUUCAGAAGUGGUGCUUGACCUCGAAAGAUCGCGAACCACCGAUGGAGAACGUAAAAAGGAAGGGAUGCAGUCAGAAGAGCAUUCGAAGGUCGCACUUUUCGGAGUCUCUACGGGAGAACAAUACCAAAGAGCCCAGGGUCUCGAUGAAGGACGUCGUGAGAACGGUUGAAACGCUCGGAGAUCGUCUUGGUCGAUACGUCUACGUAAAAGUAUACGAAAAAGGAAAAAACGAGUGUGCAACACGCGUAGAGAAAGGAGGUUAAAGGUUACGAAAUGGUACCUUUCGUGCGGGUAUCCAUCUUCAGCGGCGGGAUUAACGCAAUCUCGAAACGCGUCUAAAUAUUUGACAGCUUCGAGUCUUGCCGUCUCGAAUUGUUCCAGAUCAAAGACGGUAGACGCGAUUCGAGAUUUCGCGACGAUCGGCUCGUUGAGAAAUUUCGUGAACCAAGUAUCGCACGCUUAACGUCCGUUGCUACUCUUCCUCGGUGACUUCUCUUUCGCGACGAUGGAAGGGGGCAUCGUCGUAUUCGUCAUCGUCGUAGUCAUCGUCGUCGUCGUCGUCGUCGUCUUCGUCGUCGUCGUCGUUGUUGUCGUUGUUGGAAAAUGUAGGCCACAUCGGUGAAGCGUAAAGUUGCGAGCGAGGGAGCAAAGAGGUUGGUCGCGAAAACUGGCCUAACGACGCAACACCAGAAACGAGAACCUCGGGCAGGCGAUAUAUAGUUGGACGUCUGGCCGAAAAUUUCUUCGUAUUUUUACGCGACCAUCGGGACAAUUCGAGAACGCUUCGCGUAGAUCGAUUGUGUCGCGCGACCGGAAUAAAUAUCGUAAUUCACUGGUCGCCGGCGAAAUUAUUAUCGACGCGUGGUGGUCGUCGUCUCGCUUUUUCGCUUUCGACUCUGUUCCUUUCUUCGCGACGUGGUCGCGUUUUUCCCCAGAAUUUUCCAACAACGAUUGAUAAGGGCCGUAACUUCUUUACGUAUGUAAAAAUAUCACCGAGAGAAACGAGAAUAUUAGCCACUCGAGCCAAUCGGUAGAGAAACCAAGGGAGAAAAAGAGAGAGACCACUAGGCAAAAACGAUUUUAUGUAAAAUAUGAUAAUGUAAUACGCGCUAGGCUAGUUAAAGCAGAGACUUAAGGUAGUUAAUGAAAAUAGAGAGCGAGAGAAAAAUGAUAGUAGAGAAAUGGAGAGAGAAUGGGUACGUUGGUCGAGAACUUUCCGAACGAGACGAUUGGAUUGGGUCGAGUAAUUCAAGGCAAACUCAAGUUACGAAAUUUGUCGAUUUUUCGAAAGAUCGUUCGACACGUCUUUGAUGGUUUUUAGUUUUCGCAUCGGAACUUCCUUUGAAGACUUCCUUUGCUACACGGUGUGGUACUUUUUUUUCUCCCUCUUAAAACACGCGUCUUUUCCGACAGCUACCAGAAAGAAAGUGGAACGAUGAUAUUUUGGGCGGACACGAUGGCGAAUCGAUCUCUUCCGGAAUUCUCGACGUUACGGCUUCGCGAGAUCGUAAAGAAAAAUGGAAGGGAGGGGGCGUUUAGGAUAUGCGCUGUGCUCCCCAGCAGUCUCGGGACCCUAUUUAUGUUUUAUAUUAUAUUAUAUAUAUAUAUAUAUAUUAUAUAUAUAAAUAUGUGUAUAAACAUUUUUAAUUUAUUUAUUUAAUUCAUUAAUUUUAUUGAUUUACGAUUAAACGUCAUCUCCAUCUCGGUAACCGCCUUUGUUUUUAAUCUUACGUUGACCUUUUCGUUACUUUUCUUUCUUUCUUUUAUUCAGAGUUUCUCACGGAUUAAAACGUUGCGUUUCCUUGAUUUUUCUGUUAAGCGCCAGCAGGUAGGUGUACGUAUUUUCUUUUGUUACCAUCGAUUUCGCCUCGUUUGCGCAGCGAACUCGCAACAAGCUAAAUGGACGACGAUCGCACCGAUUAAGUCCCAAGAUCUCCAAGUUUUCGACAAUGGCGUUGAAACUCGUUGCGAGACAAAAGGAAGGUAAAUGCACCGGCACGCGGAACGACUGAUUCGAAACAAAAGAUUCUUCCCGUAGAAAGUUGAUAGACGGAGUCAGGCCGUGGCACGAGAGGGAGUCGCGAUGCGACGAAAGAACCCUCGAAGAAAGCCAAUAGAAAAUUUUCAUAGCUAGCAAACAGUUUCUCGUCUGCCGUCUUUAGUCUCUUAUUGCAUUCCAGCGAGUCGUUUCGAGACGAGUCACUUUUCUUCCCCCGUGAAAAUAGCUUUCCGCCUGUUUCCGGCCAAGGACGAGAAACGAUAAGCAACGUCCGAGCUGAAACGCGACGUUGCGUUUUUAUUUCGAAAUCGUCAAAGAACCGUGCUACAAUCAGAAGGACCGAUCCGAUGCGCGAGGACAACGCGCGGCGAAAAGCAGGAAGGUACGAAAAACAGAGAAAAACGAAACAAUUCGCUGGAAAGCGUCGUUUCGCGUGCGUGUUAACGCGAUUACGCGAAAAGAUCCGUCGUAAAAGAAGCAACGUCCAUAAAACACGAACUACGCAACCACGUCGAUUCUCGUAACCGCUUCACUUAAUCGAACUUGCUGCUUUGAACGUAACUUGCCUUCGGAAAGAUUGGAAGAUCACUGGCUACACCAUAGAAGAUUGAAAACGGCGUUACGCUCGGUAUCGGAAUACGGUGAUACCGCGUGAUAUUGCAUUUCGCGCUGUAUGGAUCGAACAACGAAAAGUUUCCGCGUGAUCAACGCCUAGUCGAAUCGAGCUGAGGCGAACCGAGCCAACCUGUUACUUCGGCAAAAUUCGUUUAAAAGUGCGAUAAUUCAUGAAUAAGUUGGCCAAGCCGACGGACUAUAAAUUAAUGUACAACGUCGCUCUGGCAGACGCUCGAAAAUAGAAAUGAUUUACUGGAUUACCUCUUGUGAAAUAUAAUCAAGCACUCGCCGCAAUAGGGAUCGUUUUAAAUUUAAUAUGAAUCUCGGUUAAAGGAAGCUUCCUGCUUAAAGGAAAUAAUCGCAUUUAACCGAUUUGGAUUAUUUUAAUGGGCGAUAAAUUUAAUUCAUUCGUUGGGAGAGAAUGCAGCUCGGGACGAGCUUAAGUUCGCGCCGCGCCUCGGAUGCGAUUACCGAAAUAGAAAUACGAAUCGAACCGCGGUUGGUUCUGGGAUAUUUGCUAACCGCGAUUCGCGUCGUCCCGGUUCAAGACGAGGAAAGAAAAAAACAUGGCCAGAGAAUCUGUCUUUUCUUCGCUGCACGGAGAACUUUCCACGCGAAAAUCAGCCCCCAAAGUAAAUCGGCCGUGGUUAGCUUUUAUUUUCGCAAGCGAUUUUUAUCGUCUGCUUUAUUUCUGGCGAAACUUAUUUUUCUCGCGUUUCCUCGACGACGAUGAGGCUCGCCGCUCUGCUGUUGACGGUGCCGAUUUUCGCGAAAAAAGCGACCAACGCUCGCCGAGUGAAGUAAAACGUAUGAAUAUCUACCGCCCGAGAUGUAUUAAACCUGUCUUGUGCAUGUACCGAAAGAGAAAUUGCUUCUUGCGCGACCGCCAGCCCUUGCCUGGAAAUUCAUUCGAUUUUCAUGAUUGCCGCACACUGCCGUUUCCUCGCUGCUUUUUCGUCAGGAACAAAGGUCACGAAACGCGACAAGUGUUUCGCCGCCAAAGAACCAGCCGCUGCUUGUGGUUCACGAUCGGUCCGGAAAAAUUCAAGCACGGUUCAAGGAUGAACUUUAACAAACGCUGUCGUGCCGGACAACGCGGUGAUUAAUCGCGAUGCUAAUUAUCGAGAAGGGAUCCAUCACGCGGUGCGGUGGGAAAAUAAUGAAUCGGUAAACUCGAGAGAAAACAAAACAACGCGCAUUCCCGGGAAAUAGAAGACUGCGAAGACCGCUCGUUAAUUACCGCCCGGAGAUCACUCUUUCCCCGGUGACUACUUCGUCGUACGCGAUGUUACGAAUCCCAAUAGUGGGCCAGAACCGCUAUUAUUAUACGUUAAAAACCGAACAGCACCGAACCGGUCCAACUUUAUUUGCAAAACGUCGUGAUCAAGCUAAAAUUCAUACGUCAACGUCCUGUCCUUCCCAAGGGAUAUCGCGCGUUGACGUUCUCCUGUCAUCAAGAGCUGAGUACGUGAUUUCCAAACGGACUGUCCAGAGAACGCGAUCGCGCAUCCAGGCACGAACACGCUGUUGAUCUACGUAUGCGUUUAAUUGGGAUCUUUCGAAGUGUGUAAACGUGACGAUCAUCGUAAUGCACGGGAUCGUGGAAACUAUAGACGUAAGCACAUGGAGAAAGAACGAGAUAUCGCGAUACAGAAAUAAAAGAAAUUCGAUUCUCCUCGGUCUUGGGAAAGUGCACUAAUCCCUCGAUAAGAGAUUUCUUAAACAAUUUGUGGAAACUUGGUGGAAUACAGCGGUACGAGAGCCGAGUAAAAAUUGUUUCGAUUGUAUUUUCCGGUUGGGAAUUGUCGAGAUAAACGGUAUCGAUUUGCCGCGCAGAAAUCACGGUUUUAAAUCGACCUCUAGCCCGGAGACAACGGUCAGGCAUUGUGCGACGCGAAGAAGGAGAAACUGGUUCGCGAUAGAACCGAGGAUGGCACAAUACCGGUGGAAAGAUUACGAGAAGCUGCUCGAACUCGGAGAAACGAAGUUCGGCUUUAUUGGAAAAACAGCUGCGGAUUUCUUUCACAAUACGGCGAACCGGCAGCUUCUCUUUAAAUUGGAUUUUAAAUAUUCUCCAGAUAUCUUUACUCUUAUACGAUACAAUACGCAGCCUACCUGAAAUAACUUCAUUGUUUUCAAUCGUCUAAAUGAACUUCAACAAUGAUACCUUGCUCUUCUUUUUCGACUUCGAGAGUAACAGAAUGCAACAAAUGGAAAGCGAAAAUGAAAAUGGAAAAAAUAUUGAAUAGUUGAAGGACAAUGCGCAUAACGCGUCAAAAUUUCAUAAUUUAAACGAAGAUGCAGCUUCGGGGAAUUAGAAGUAAUCCUAGAUAAUCCUAGGGGACAUAAUCAGAAACAGACGGACCGAAUAGUCCGAGGAACGAGAAUCGAAAAUUAGUAUUAUCGAUAGUCACGAGCGACUAAUCCGACAGAUUCGCGUUACGUUUGCGCGUACAUUAGCCUACCGGUAAUACGAACUGAAAUCACGAACGGUAGCUACUAGGUAGUCCGCAAUACCGUAGUCUGAUCAAUUGCGCCCAAUCACAGGGAAUUUUCAAUACGCGAGGACGUUCGUUCUGUCCUCCUUUCCGCGUUCAUAUAUUCUACGAACAAACACAGAAAAGGGCGGCGAGCGGUAGGCUGGCUGGACUGCAAAGGGGUGGCUGCAUUGUCGUGGUAAAUCGGUAAAAGAGAAUCGAUUGCGUUCUCGUUCGUCUUCCCCCGAGGCCUUCGUCGAUAAUCGGAAUUUAACGGUGUCCAAAUGUUCAUAGCCCGACGAGUUUACGAUUAAGGACCUUCGAAAAACUACACGAGACGACUGUCACUACAUCGACGCGUGUGAAAAAGAGGAAAAGCGUCCUUAUUUAUCCAUCGACGAAAGCAUACGUUAAACUUUAAAGGAAAAGAAACGUAGCUAUUUUUCAGUCUUCGUCUAAAAAGAAGAAGUUAAAAGCUGUUAAAUGAUCUAUCAGGCGCUUAAAUUUCUAAUAAAGUAUCAUUCUAUAAGUGUUCAGAUUAAAUUAAUUAAGAGUAUAAUCGAUAUUUUUCCGGAGGGAAGAGAUGGUCUCUGUAGUAGAGGAGGACGAAGUAUAAGAGAAAUAUUUCGUAUUCAAUAGCUUACAUCUUAUUCUAGAAGUUACAUUUAUAAUUAAGAACAUAUUUGCAUCUUAACACUUUAGCUCAAUUUCUCGCAUUUUAUCGUCGUCAAUUACCAAUUUGAAUAAUAUGAUUUUACAUGCAAUAUAAACUAUAUUGCUUAUAUUCCCUUUACAAAACAGUGUUGGAAUUUUAAUUUCCAAGUUACGAUCGUUUGAAGCGAGAGAAUUCUGAUUUGUUUUUCGGUGCAUCGUUAAAUUCAUCUACAUCUUUUAUAACGUUCUCGACAAAUUUGUUACAAAUGAUUAUACUUUUACGAAAUCAUAGAACCUACAGAACGAUGCCUCGUUAGAAUUUUAAGUGCCUGAAGAGGUCAAAAUUUGCCACUUUUUGAUCCAUCGUUCUUCUGCUGGCAUUAGCACGAGAGAAGGGUCCGUGAAAACGCCCAAACCACCAAGAUCAGAGCAUCAAACUGUGUCGCGGUUAGUUUAUCUCUGGAAAUUUCGUAGAGGGAAAACAAAGCUCCCUAUUUAGGUAUGAUUUAAUUAACGGGCAAGCCGUCGGCGCACAAUAGCGGAUGCGUGUGCAUAGCCGUGCUUUCCAGGCAUCGCUCAUCGCGCGUAGGAUUAAUUCCCGCUCGACAAUCGACCACCCUUCCUCGAAUGUCCGUUGCCGAGGGUGGUCGCCGAGCAGGAAAGUCACGAAGGGUUCAACUAAAAGAGGAAAGUGAUCAUCGGACUCUCCCCGAGGCUCUUCAUUAACGCCUUAAUUAGAGGUGAAUUCGAGCGACCGUAUCCGAAACGAAUGCCGAGUGUACGAAUUCCGAGACUCGAUGCGUCCGACUCAUUAGUCCCGUUGUAUUAACCGAUGCGACACUCCUAUAGCCUGUCACACCGCGCCGCUUCCCAUUCUACGCCCUUCCCUCUACCUACUAUCCCCCGUGUUCCCUGUCAAAUUAGGUCCGAGCGUGAUUUCGUCGGUGCGACGAUUCAAAAUUCGACGCUGAACGUUCGCUAACGAGCCACGCAGUGGCUUGCGGAAACGUUUUUGCCAUAGAUAAAAGAACAACCUGAACGACUUGCACGAUCUAAGCUGCAACAACUCGACGCAAUUGGAUUACACGUACCGCUAUUACCCGUAACGACGAUUACUAAGGGUUAAUUCCGCAUCAGAGGUGAACUUUGCACCGUUUCAAAACUCAAGUGAAGUUUGUUCGCGAACUGUAACAUUGCACCUUGUUAUUCGUAGUGCUGGGCUGUAUUUGCAUUAACACGGUUGACGUAUGGAGCGCGUGAGAACCAACAGCAUACCUCGAGCUUGCUAAGAGACCGCUAGCUAACGAUGCUUUGAUAGUAAACGUUCAAGGAGAACACCACCGAAAAAUAUCGCAGUAUUUUAUCCGAGGAUUGAAGUAAAAAUGAAAGAGAAAAAAGGAAACGAUCCCUUGUUCAAGAUCUCUAAUUCGUUUAUCGGAAACGUAUCGUGCGACACACAGGUAAUCCUAUAAAGUAACGUGUUGGAAAAAAAUCUGCCGGACAAUCGAACAGGAACCGUUCACGUUGUCAUCGACGUACGGAUAGAAAAAAAAAAAAAAAAAAAAGAGAAAGUGAAAGUCGUUAAAAGCAGCGCUUCAAAAAGAUGUUGGAAACGGUAUCAGGUUUUUCACCGAAUCGGAAUUAUCGUGGCGUAUCUUUUUUAAGCGAACGAGCCACGUUGUUAUAAAAAUUCUCCGUGGUCGCGAUAAACCUUUGAAAAAACCAAGACUAGAUAACGGAUUAUUUGUUUGUACGGAGACUGCGCGGAAUGACCCAGGAUUUGAAAAAUUUGCCGACCGAUAGAAAUUUCGCGCCACGCGAAUCUCACCUGAUCUUCUUGCAUGCUCGCGAUUUAUUACGAAUGGAGUUGACGCAACCUGCUGCGUUGUUAAUAAUUCAUCGACGGACAGAUCGAUACUUUCGAACCGGGGAUGUCCGGUCGUGAAACACCAGUAACGCGAUUAUUCGGAAGAGGCAGGCAGAAAGACAGAGAGGAAACAGCGGAACAAGAAAUACGUUGAUUUUAAUACGAAUUUCGAAAAUUCGCUGGAGGGUCGAUUAAAUAUUUUCCUUUUUUGCGACUGAACAAACAACUGCUCCCGGAACGAUGUUUUUAUAAUUGAAAACAGCGCGCCUCAUUUUUUCAACGUAAUCGAAACAGCGAUCUUUUUGUUCCAUAUUCUCGUUGACCGGUGAAAAAUAUCAGCAACUGUUUUCCCGACGAUCCUCGACCGCCAACGAAAACUGCCGAUUAUCGAGGAACGCGAGGCAAUCGUUGACACAUCGAUUUCGCUAUUUUCAAUCGAAACCCCGAUUUUCCAAGGAAAAUAAUCGGGUAACGGAAUCGUCCGGCUUCUGUUCUCGAAUUGCGGUUUGAAAUUCAACGAUACGUUUCCACUGUUGCCUUCGAGCGAGAAACAGGUGCAUGUUGGUGAAAAAACGAUCGCGGUAGAAAAGAAGACGGGGGAGGAGGGACGCGUGAAGAAAGCGAUUCUUUUAAAGAUAGAAAAACCUUGAAGAGACCGUGAACGAUUCUUAAUUCUAAUCUGUCGCGCGUGUUAUUGGGAGGAACCUAUUAAUAGCGAGAAGGUUGUCCAACCGAAGGAGAACGGUUCGAUGACUUUGGUGCGACGCAGAAAACCAUCCACGCGAUAAUUCGGAAACGAGUUCCGAAAAGGUAGAAAAAGCUUUUCGACGGUUACAGUUCACGCUAAACGAUUACGCCGAAUCGUUGGAAUAGGUGCAACGAACAAACGAAAGGACGGCAGGAAAAUAACGCGUACAGUAUCAGAGAAUCGAUAGGAUACAACGGUAAACAACGAGGUCGUACGAAAUAUGGAAUGAAAAUUUUGGAACUCGAGUGGUUUUAAAGCCGUGAUUGAAAGGAUGCAACGUGCUGGCCCGCUUGUUACGCUGUUCUGCGUUUAUUAACGCAUAGAAAUACAAGUCAGAGAGAUUAAAUUUACGAAUUGGCAAAGUGCUCGCGUUCUAACUGGAUUUCAAAAAACCUUGUUCACCGAAACGUUAUUUCCCCGAUGUCGCCGAGCGACUGACUAAUCGAUAUCGCAGCGAAAUCCACUGUUCAAUGCCUCGAUGUUCGCUAAAAAAAAAGAAGAGAAGAAAGAAGAAAGAAACAGAAGAUGCGCAAAGCGAUGUUUGCUACGAAGAAGAGCGGAAUGACAGGUUAUAUUUUCGCGCGGCUGCAAGCAUCACGUGCGAUCCGUGAAAUUAUGCCGCGCAAUGCACGUCGUCCGUAACGACACGAACGUUCGCAUAAUCGAACGGGAGAACUCGUUCGGUCGUGUAGAGGUGGCCGGCGCGGCGUAAAGCGACCAGCCAGUUCGGAUGCAAAUCUUGGUUCGUUUUGCAUGUCGUCGUCCGCUCGACAGAGAAUCGGCUCCGGUGCAAGAGAGCGUUACAUCGCGAUCGUUCGCCGACGAGGGACCGCCAAGGGCACCGACACCCUUUUGUCCCUGGUGGCAUCGAUAAGAGAGCCCGGAGCUCGGAGCCCGAAACCGAACGCGUGAGGCAAGCGCGCGCGAAACAACGGGACGAGCGAGUAAGCGACGAAAAAAAAAAAAAAGGAAGGAAUACCGACAAGAGACUGUUAAAGCGCAAUUACGCGGGCAGAACGGCGAAAAAAGGAGCAACAAGUAGCGGAAAAAAAUAUCGCCGCGCAACGUGCAGUUGUGAAAAACGCGAGGCCGCCAGAGGGACGGCAGUAAUUGCGAGCGUGACCGGGAGGGGAGGCAACCAGCCCCGAAACGAAAUAAUUCUCGGACGGAAAACAAAGGGGUAGCCUGGGUGGCCGACAGAAAAUCCGAAAUACGAGUAGGAAGUACCGUUAACCCCGGACAAUCGCGGAAAGCAAGGCAAAUGGGAUGUAAAUCUUGGUUCGCUUUGCAUUAUGUCAUUCCGGUACAGAGGUGAAACGGUCGUAAAGCGUGGGCGGGAGCAGCGUAGCCGCAGGAUUAUGCGAGAGAACGGCGCCGGCUUUUACGAGCGACGUCCUCGCGUGAAAAUCCGGCUUCAGACUAGCCGGUUAUGCGAGCAUUCGACGACGAAUCGAAGCGUUACGAGACCGGAUCGUUCGCUCAGCUAUCAUGAUACGAGUACGACGUCGACGACGCGACACCAUCCCGCGAACAAACAACCGAUUUCUAACUGCUUCGCGUCCUUCCGGGACACUGCUCCUCUGCCAUCCGCCAUCUCCUAUUACCCUUGUAGCUGAUAAAUAUCGCAUGUAUCGUCCGUCCAUCUAUUCCACUCGUACAGCGGAGACUGCUAAAUGGCUAAAAGGAUUAUACGAUCGUAAUCCAAAAUUAUGAAAUCCAGCCCAGUAGAGAUUUUCCUCGCUCUACGUUCGUUCCGCUUGCACCGGUUUAACGGCUAUAAUUCUUUCGAAUACGUAAGAUCGACGCAGGAUUUAUAUUUACCGCGAGACCAUCGAUUCGCGUUUUACGCCGUGUCGUUCGCGUCGAAAUACAAAUACGCCGCUGAAAUGGUAGCGGUUCCUUCCAUCUGUGUCCCGGUCCCGAUAAGGUGAAAACGCCAUGGCCUCGACAAUCUGAUUUUCCAAACGUUCGCUCGGUCGAUAAGCACUUUCCAGUCGCAAGAAACGCGACUAGAAUGUUCUGCACCCAAUUGUUUCGAUAAAUUUUUCCGCGUACCUCUCGACGAUAUCUAACGACGACUUUAAGUUCCAGAGGAUCACUAAAAAAGGUAUUUUAUAUUUAUCGUCGAGCAGUAACGUUUUAUGCAUACAUGGGACCGUUGCUGAAGAACGCGAUCGAUUUUCGUGUUUACAGCUUCGCACCGCGAGUGAGAAACGCGAUCUUGAUUUCCCGACAGAUCGCAUUAGGCGGUUCGAACGUUCAAGCUUCACUGGCAGAAAUGAAAUUGGAAUUGUAAUGAAAGAGGUCGGAACGGGCAGAAAGCGGUGAUUUGUUGACUCGAACUCGAGCGACUCCCAUAAUGCUAAACACAGCUACAGAUUAAGCGUUAAACGAUUCGCACGCUCUUAAUGAGUCGAGCAUUAAUGCACGGCGUGAAAAAUCUAACGACCAAUGUCGUAAUAGCGAACGUAAAUACAGGUAUUCGGUCAGAAAUGUAUCCAUUGUGGUAGCAGGAAUUCGAACAAAUUGUUGCCGGUGCACUUCACUUAGCAAAACCGUCAAAGGGGUGGUUACAACAAUGCACGUCGGUGCAGAUAUAAAACGGGGAACGAUGAUGGAUCCGGUCGCGAAACAAAAGGAACGAAUUAAAGUGCGCGCACGAUGAAAGGUCAGUAAAUUAAAAUGUAUGAAGAGAGAACGUAUCGACAG